AUGAGUCAGCCUUCAUCUUCAGCAUCUAAUGGAACAAACCAGAGUGUGCCCACUCAGUUGGACACAGCUGAGUUAAACAGGGAGUUGGUGAGUAUUUUUGAGUGCCCUGUUUGCUAUGAAUAUGUGUUACCCCCCAUUUAUCAGUGUCAUCGUGGCCAUCUUGUUUGUAUCCACUGCCGCCCAAAACUCACAUGCUGCCCAAGUUGUAGAGGCUCAUUGAGAUCCAUUCGCAAUUUGGCUAUGGAAAAAGUGGCCAAUGCAGUAUUUUUUCCUUGUAAAAAUGCCUCAACUGGGUGUGUGCUAUGCCUGCCAUACCCAGAGAAACUUAAACAUGAGGAUAUUUGUAAGUUUAGAUGUUUUCCUUGCCCAUGCCCUGGAACUUCAUGUAAAUGGCAGGGCUUAAUGGAUUUAAUUGUUCCCCAUCUGACACAGGACCAUGAGUCUAUUAUAACCCUACAGGGAGAGGAUAUAAUUUUCCUGGCUACAGAUACUAAUCUUCCUGGUAAUAUUGACUGGAUAAUGGUGCAGUCUUGUUUUGGCUUUCAUUUCAUAUUAAUUUUGCAGAAACGGGAAAUAUAUCAUGGUCACCAGCAAUUUUUUGCCAUUGUACAGAUGAUAGCAUCCAUAAAUGAUGCAGAAAAGUUUCUUUAUCGCCUUGACCUAAGUUGUCCUAAGCGACGAUUAACUUGGGAAGCGACCCCUAAAUCUAUUUAUGAAGGAGUUACAGAAGCCAUUUUGAGUGGUGACUGCUUUGUCUUUGAUACCACCAUUUCAGACAUUUUUUCGGAUAGUGGCAAUUUAGCAAUUAAUGUGACUAUUUCCAAGCGUAACAGUUAA